AUGGAGAAUCAACCUUCAAACGGUAGAAAGGCAAUGGAAGAAGAGCUUAUCAAAGGCCGUGACAUAGCAACCCAAUUACUUGAAGUACUUGUUCAUAAAUCCAACACUCACCUUGGAGAUGUAGAAGAAGGGUUAAUGCUAACAUUUGCCCAAGAUCUUGUUCGCAAUGUAUUGAGAUCAUUCACAAAUACCCUUUUGUUAUUGAACACUGAUAAUAAUGAUGUCUCCGAUGAGGUUGCUAUGCCUAUCAUUAUCAAAGAUGUAAAAUGCCCAAAGCCUGAGGAUAAGGAUGAGGCUUGCAAGAGUUUCUUCAAUGUUAAAAGACGAAGUGGGUGCCACAAGAGAAAAUCAACUGCACCGACCUGGGCGAAGAAUAGCUCAGUUCUGAUUGAAGAUGGAUAUGCAUGGAGAAAAUAUGGACAAAAAAUGACGAUGAAUGCAAAAUACCUCAGGAGUUACUACAGAUGCACUCACAAGUAUGAUCAGGGUUGUCCAGCAAUCAAACAGGUGCAGAGAAUUCAGGAGGACCCUCCAUUGUACCGAACAACGUAUUAUGGCUAUCACAAUUGUAAAAGCGCUUUUAGUCCAGAGAUGAUGUGGAAACCAGCUUCUUCUUCUGACUCUUCUAUGUUACUUAGCUUCAGCAACAGCUUCCCAACCAAAGAAGAAUAUCCAUUUUCAACCUUCAAGCAGGAGUCUAUGGAAGUGAUUCAGGAUUACCAUAUUGCUCACAACCAGUUACCCUCUUCAGAUGAACUUCUCUUAUGUGAUUAUGAACUUGAUUUCAAUUGUUUGAGGCAUGUUACUGUGCUAUCAUCCACUGAGUAUGUUCAAGUUGAAGAAGAUCUGGGGUUCUUAGGAUAUGGUUGGGAGCAGCAACUCUCGGAUGAGGUUUUUGAGCUAUUUAUCUUCUGA